AUGUCUCAGGCCAGAGGCGUCAAAAAGUCCGCCAACUCGGAACCCGGUAAACGCCGGACUCCAUAUGCUCUCCGAGCAUGCGAAGCCUGUCGUCGUCGCAAAGGCAAAUGCGACGGACGUCAACCGUGUCGCCAUUGCGCAAGCCGUCACCAGAAUUGCAGCUACAACGCCAGUCUAGAAGCCAACGAUGACUGGCAAGCGACAGCACAAAGUUUAGUUGCCUCGAACUCGAAUGUCUCUAUACCCGACCAGUAUCCCCCGUCGAAUCACUCAGGGCCACGCCAGCCGGAUCAAAGCGCAAUCGUGGACAUGCUAUCGAGUCUGCAGGCGCAAUUAAACAGCCUUGCUGCGCAGGUCAACUCGAACUCAAACUCGAACAAUCCCCAACAAACGAAUCUGCCAUCACCUGUCACAAUAAUUGAGAACGCGACAGCAGUCAUCAAUCGGAUUGAUGCCGAAAAUGCCAACUCCACUACCAAUGACGAUACAGUCGAGUCUCCCAGAUCUUCGAGAACAGUCACUUCUCAAAACUUCUACGGGCCAACAUGUCCAGACUACGCACUCAACGUCGGUCAAUUAAAACUACGCCACAGUCUCCAUCAACGCCAAGUCCAAUUAGCAAGUAUUCACGAAGACGGCGAUCCAGAUGAAGACGAUGUCGAAACACAGAAUGGCCAAUUUUCCAUGUCACCACAGAACAUCGACAAAGGUGACCCAGCUAUGCUCCUCGCAUUUCGCUCCAUAAUUAGCCUACAGGAAGCUAUACAGCUGUUAUACGUUUACCAAGAGGUCGUUGGAGAGCUUCAUCCUGUUGUCGAUAUCGAUGGGCUUGUUAUGCAGACUAGAUCAUGGUAUGCGGAUGCGGGAGCCGGAGUAUGGGAUGUCGUGGCUGCGAGUACGGGAGCGGAAGGGUAUGAGUUGCUCUUGAUCAUGAACCUCUGUCUUGCUAUCGCAUUGCGGGCAGACUCCAAGGUAGGAAAUAUAAACACUGAGGGUUUGCUGAGGGAUAGCUUUCAGGAUGCUGUCAACGCAAAGCUUGCGGCACCUGCGAAUAGCAUCAGACAUGCUACGAUAAUAUUUCUGAAGGGCUGGUAUGACUUCUUCCAUGAUAUGCCUCGGUCAGCUUGGCGUAUGUGUGGCAUUGCAGGCCGGAUGCUGAUGGAGCUUGGACUUCAUAAUGCUGAAGUCUUUAAACACACAUUAAAGUCGGAAGCUCAACGGACCGAAGCAUGUACCUUGGUCAGUAGCAUUGUUAUUCUCGAUCGACAGUGGAGUUAUGCAACUGGUCUGCCAAUACACUUUCACGAAAAGAGCUUCAGCUCAAUUUCGACCUCAUCGGUCAAACAUCCUUAUUUAAAGGCCAUGCUUUCCUUUAUCCUCAUCAGCGACCGCUUUAGUGAACCACUAUCCAGCGCAGCCAAAGGCGAAGGCUACAACGAUGAAAGCUCAUUCGAAUUGAUGACUUUUCAGAUUGAGCAGUGGCGCAAAAAAGCAGUUGAGUCUCUGGGUGGAAGCUUCAGCAUGGCCGUCAAUCUCACAACGAAAUACACCAGUCGCUCAAGAUCAGCCCGCAGACUAGCAAAGCGACUCGUGGAGAUGCGGCGCAACCUUCUAAGUCUGGGUAUCCUGAACGCCGAGAGUCCUGGAAGCCACGAGGGACUGGACGGCGUUACAGAGUCUGUCAGACGAGCGAGCCUUGCGCAGACUGGGUUUGCGGGUGGCUAUACUGAGUACUCGCCGCCUUUUAAUACUAAUUCUGUGUUCGGAAGCGGAAUCGGAAUGUCUGGGGUGGAUACAGAUAUGCAGAUUGGGUGGGAUGAUCCGAUGAGGUUACAGUGGCCGCUCGGAGAUGUGAACCAUAUGUUUUCGGAAAGCAUAUUCUAG